AUGGAUCCAAAUCAAAAUGCUUCACCCAUUCCAAACACCCCAAACACUACAAAUGAUCCAUAUGCAAAUCUUAGUUACAUGCAAUUGAUAACAUCUCCAAUCCACCAACAAACUUCAUUCACCAAUCUUUCAUAUCAUGUACACUACUAUCAACAACAACGAGCACAACAAUUCAAUCAACCACAAUUUCAAGCCCUUCAACAACAACUAUAUCAACAAUUUCAACCCCAAUCUUCUCAACCUCAACAAUUUCAAGCACAACCUUCACAACCAUCUCAAGUCUCAUUAUCUCAAUCUCAACCUAUAAACAUCGAUAACGACGACGAACGGGUCCAAGAAACACAACAACCAUCUCAAAGAAGGCGGCAAAAAGGAAAAGCUCCAAAAAAAAAUUAUGCAAUUGAACAAAAACGAGGAGGAAACUUUAGCGAAAGCUUGGAUUUUCAUAUCGCAAGACAGACAAGUCAGCAACAUGCAAUCGGGUCAAUGUUUUUGGAAUCGUAUUUAAGACCACUUGCACGCGCUAUUAUGAAGGGAAACAUGUCGAAUGUACGACGCGGUCAAUGCAAAAUUGUGUGA